AUGCGUGGCCAACCUCUACAAGUCAUUGCUUCUCAAGACCUCAACUCAAGAAACGUUAGAAAUAGUUUAAAUGCUAACCUCAACACUAACCAUUACCAAACUCAACUCCCUUCUCAGCAACAAGCAAAACAAAUCCUACAAAAGGAACAACAACAACAGCAACAACAACAACAACAAAAGAAAAAAAGGGAAAAAUUAUCCUCUCUUUGCAAAACUCCUCCCUCAGUCAUUAGAACAAGAACAGGUAAAGAUUACCAAAGAGGUUUAUUCUUAGGUGAAGGUGGUUUUGCUAGAUGCUUCCAAAUCAAAGAUGAUGGUGGAAAACUAUACGCUGCUAAAACUGUUGCAAAGGCCUCAAUUAAAAAUGAAAAAACUAAAACAAAACUACUAUCUGAAAUCAAAAUCCACAAAUCAAUGUCUCAUCCAAACAUCGUCCAGUUUAUCGACUGUUUCGAAGACGAUGUCAACGUUUACAUUCUUCUAGAAAUCUGUUCCCAUGGCUCCCUUAUGGACUUGUUGAAGAAAAGAAAAAACUUAUCUGAACCUGAAGUCAGAUUCAUGAUUGUGCAAAUCAUAGCUGCUAUCAAGUAUAUGCACAAUAGAAGAGUCAUCCACAGAGACAUUAAACUUGGUAAUAUCUUCUUUGAUGCUGAUAUGAACCUCAAAAUUGGUGAUUUCGGUCUUGCUGCUGUCUUGCCUGUUGGAAAAGAUAGAAAAUACACAAUCUGUGGUACUCCCAACUACAUUGCUCCUGAAGUUCUUACUGGCAAAAUUAAAGGUCACUCCUUCGAAGUAGAUACUUGGUCAAUCGGUAUAAUGAUGUACGCUUUAUUAUUCGGUAAACCCCCUUUUCAAUCAAAGGACGUCAAACUAAUUUACGAAAGAAUUAAAUCAACUGAUUAUCAAUUUCCCCAAGACAAAAACGUCUCAGAUGAAGCAAAAAUUCUUAUAAAGGAUAUCCUCUCUCUUGACCCUUUAAAAAGACCUUCUCUCUCUGAUAUUCUUCACUAUAAAUGGUUUAAAGGCUCCUUUCCAAGACAACUUAGCACCGAUAUACUACUAAAUGAACCUUCCUAUUACUAUAACAUCGACAAAAGAGAAGCAGAAGCAAACUUUUACAAUGCUCAAAUGAAUGGCGGUUUAAUGAGCGGUGGCCCUAAAAACCCAAUAGAAAUCUUAAAAUCAGAUCUUGAAUCAGAACAACCAAAAGCACUUUUGCCCCAAUCCCUAUCUCCAGGUGGCACUUCAAAUAAAUAUAAAGAAAUGGUCAUGGUCGGUACUGCUUCAAAGAGAAUAACCGAAGAAGCUCUUAUAAACAAAAUGUUAAAACCUUCAAAAAAAUUCAACUUUUCCUCUAAAUUCGAAAAAAAAUCAGACCAACUAUUAGCAAAUGAAUGCAUGGAAACUUUAAGCAACAUUAACAUAGCUGAAAGGCAAGUCAGAUUAAGAUCUUCAAUCGACGACAACUACGUGAUCAACAAGAGACCAAUACUAAUAAGCAAAUGGGUUGACUACUCAAAUAAACAUGGUUUCUCCUAUCAAUUAUCCUCAAACGAUAUCGGUGUAUUGUUUAAUAAUGGCAACUCAAUCUUAAAAUUAACCAACUCUGAAGACUUUUGGUAUAUAGUCGAGGACAAACUUAAAGGUUGGCUGGCAAAAAGUUUUCAGUUAAGUUCAAUGCCCUUUGAAUUGAGAAAAGAAAUGGGAAUAGUUGAGUUUUUUGCUAAAUAUAUGAAGACCAACUUGUGCAACGUCUCAAAUGAACACAGUGCUAGAGAAGAAGACAUAUGGUUAAGAAGAUAUAGCAGAUAUGAUCCCUAUGUGAUGUUUGAAUUAAGUAACGGUUCAUUCCAAUUUAAUUUCAGAGAUCAUCACAAAAUAUGCAUUUCAGAAAAGGGUAGAGCUUUAACGUAUAUUUCUCCUGAUAGAACUGCUAAUUCAUACUCAUUAGUCGAAGUAUUAAGAUAUGGUGGUAUACCAGGUAAUAAAGAAAUUAACUUUGAAGAAAAAUAUCUUUUAAUGAAACAAGCAUUAAAACAAAAAGCUGACAUAUAA